AUGGAUAAACCGCAAAUAAUUUGCCAUGCGGAAAAAUCUACUAAUUUUUCUAUUUAUGAUGCGCUCUGGAUUCCGUGUUCGGCAAAAUUUGUAGUUUUAGGUUCACAACCUCGUGGAACUGGAGCUAUACAUGUUUAUGAAAUAACAAAAGGAGAAGUAAAUUUAAUAAAAGAAGUUGAAAAAUCAAAAGCAUUUAAAUGUGGUACUUUUGGGGCGUCAUCCCUAAGGGAAAGACAUUUAGCUACCGGUGAUUUUGAAGGUAGAAUGCAAGUUUGGGAUUUACAGGAUAUGUCUAUUCCAGUUUAUUCAGUACAGGCACAUAAAGAUAUUAUCAAUUCAAUGGAUGGAAUCGGUGGAAUGUCAAUAGGAUUCGGUGCUCCAGAGAUUGUUACGGGGGGUAGAGAUGGAUGUGUAAAAGUAUGGGACACUAGGCAAAAGAAUAAACCAGUAGCUGUAAUAGAAGCAGCAGAAGGAGAAAAUAAAAGAGAUUGUUGGUGUGUGUGUUUUGGUAACUCAUAUAAUUCAGAAGAAAGAGUUGUGUGUGCCGGGUAUGAUAAUGGUGAUUUAAAAAUGUUUAAUUUAAAAAAUAUGAAAUUGCACUGGGAAACAAAUUUGAAAAAUGGUGUUUGUGGAAUUGAAUUCGACAGAAAAGAUAUUCCAAUGAACAAAUUAGUCGCGACAACAUUAGAAUCUAAAUUUCAUUUAUUCGAAUUAAAAACAUUACAUUCUAAAAAAGGUUUUACUUCUUUAUCUGAAAAAGCUCACAAAUCAACAGUUUGGACAGUUAAACACUUGCCACAAAAUAGAGAAAUUUUUAUAACAACAGGUGGAGCUGGAUCUCUUUGCCUUUGGAAAUACAAUUACCCAGAAAAAAGGGUUAGGCCGGAUGGGGAUGGUUUACCUGUGGGUGUAGUAGGAAAUCUUACCCUCCUUCAAAAUAUGACAGUUUCAACUCAACCUAUAUCAUCAUUUAAUUGGAGUCCAGAUAAAUUGGGUUUAGCAAUUUGUACAUCAUUCGAUCAAACAGUCAGAGUUAUAAUAACGACAAAGUUGAAUUUAUAUUGA